CUGUCCUUUAAUUCUCGCUGUUGGUAUUAUCGAAGAUGAACGCAAUGGCGGGUUAUGCCUCUCGCGCCUUCUGGAAACGUAAAUGGUUUUCUUCAUCAAAUAUGAAAUGGACAUUUUUAAGAUACUUUUUCAAUGCUAAUUACUUUCUAAAUGCUCAACCUACUUCUAAAACACACAAACAUUUAUUAAAAUCGAAUGAAAUAAAUCCAGGCUUAUCAGUGGAUAGUUUUCAUGAGCGGAGAAAGAAACUUAUCGAGUCAGUUAGAAAUGAUGAUAGUACUUUUGUAAAAAAUGAAGACUCUCAUUUAAUAGUAAUUCCAUCAAAUUCAAUCGCUUAUAUGAGUGACAAUAUACCCUUCCCAUUUCGACAAAACUCUGAUUUUUUGUAUUUAAGUGGUUACAAAGAAGCAAACUGUGUUUUACUUUUGUGCACCUCUGCUAAUGAAAGUUAUGACAAAUCGAUUCUAUUUAUACCGAAACCUACUGCUCAUUCCGAGCGAUGGGAAGGAACGAAAAUGGAUCUGUCAACGGUAUCGGACUUCCUCGGUCUCGACGAAGCCUUUUAUUUAGGCGAUUUAGAAGUGUAUUUGCAAUCUUUUGCCCAAACAAAUAGAAAUUUCACUUUAUGGUACGAUUAUCUGAAUUCGCCUUUCCAGCAACUCCAUCAAAUCAUGAGAGACUUCAUGGCAGCCUACAAGGGGAAAAUUUCCGUGGAGUCCCCUCGUUCAGUUUUGCACGAAAUCCGUUUAAUAAAAUCAAAGCGGGAGAUUGAUCUGUUGAGAAAGUCGUGCGACAUUGCGGCCGAAGCGAUGACCGAAGUCAUGAAAUUCUCGAAACCAUCGAUAUCCGAAGCUCACCUGUUUGCCAAGAUGGAGUUUGAGUGUCGUAUGGGUGGAGCCGAUCGACUCUCCUUCCCUCCCGUCGUUGCCGGGGGUGAUAGAGCCAACACUAUUCAUUAUAUUGAUAAUAAUCAACUAGUAAAUGAUGGAGAUAUGGUUCUAGUGGAUGCAGGCUGUGAGUAUCAUGGUUACUGCAGUGACUUGGCAAGAACAUGGCCUGUGAAUGGAAGAUUUACAAGUGCUCAAAAGGAACUAUAUGAAGUUAUCCUCUCUGUGCAAAAAGAACUUAUACAUAUGUGUGAACAAAAGCCCAGCCUAGAUCAUUUGUUUCGAAGCAUGUGUCAAAGUCUGGGGAAACAGUUUCAAAACUUAGGCAUCAUCUCCAAAAGUGCCUCAAUAGAAGAUGUUAUGCAGAUAGCUUAUAAUUAUUGCCCUCAUCAUGUGAGCCAUUACCUUGGAAUGGAUGUCCACGAUACCAGCCUCAUGUCUCGUAGCAUCAAGCUGCAGCCUGGAAUGGUCGUGACCGUUGAGCCCGGAGUGUAUAUAUCAAAAACAGAUAGUAGAGUCCCCGAAAGGUUCAAAGGUUUUUGUAUUCGGAUUGAAGACGACAUUCUAAUAACUGACGAAGGAUAUGAAAUUUUGACAGCCAAUUGUCCAAAAGAUGUUAGUGAUAUUGAAAAAGUUGUUGGUUGCAAAUCGAAGGGAUGACAUGGUGUGUGUGCAUUUUAAAUUAUUGUUCUGUCAAUUUUAUAAGUGCAAUUUUCAAAUGUUCAAACUUAAUUUUUUCAGUGCUAUUGUUGUGAUACAUUUUAAGUUUUACCCAGACUCGAGCAGUGUGUAAUGAGAUCUCAUGUCCUGACAAUCCCAGCACCCACUCCAGUAAGAGUCACUCCGUGGCUCGAACUCAGCCUCGCUCGAGUCCAGUUGUGGCUUAACUUGAUGUAUAGUUGUAUAAAUACUUUGAAAGUAUUACUACUUACAUAUUAAAAAACUUUAUUUUAUAAAAUGCCAUCAUUACUGCUAUAGAAAUUUCAAAGCAGCCACAAUUAUUGUUAAAAUAUACAGAACAUUUUCACAGCAUCACGACUUAAAUUUAGUUUAACAUUUACAUAGAAGAAAAUCAAAAACAAAGACAAUUUUUUUAUGAAAAAAAAAACAAAAAGCAGUUUAUUUUCCAAAUUUGAUUUCCCCGGAAAAUUUUUUUUGAAAAUAAAACAGUUACAAGGUCGACAAUAAUUAUACCUUUUGCGAAUGGGGUAGAAAGAAAUCUUUAUUUGUUAGAAUUAAAACAAAAGAUAAGUACUUUUUAAAUACAGUCAAUUCGCGAGAACUUGAAUCUAAAGGGACCGACAAAAAACUUUGACUUAUCGGAAGUUUGACUUACCUCUAGUUUCGGUUUCUGACAUUUUAAUAAUAAAAAUCAUCGAAUAUUUUAAUUGUACAUAUAACAGAAGAAAUUACAGAGCUUAAAAGUUUUUAAGCACAAUAUGCACAGUUUAAUCAAAUAUAUUGAUAGAAAAAAAUCAAAAGCAUGGUUUUGAUUUCAAUACUGCUGGAACCACAUGAAUAGAGCCGAUUCUACUUCAGGAAAGGUGCACGUCUUCGUUCGUUUCAGAUUCAUGGAUUCUUCCGCUUUAGAAGUUUCUUUUUUCUUUUAAUAUCACUGACAGAGUACAUAUUUGCUUAAACAUCUUUAAUAGUAAAGAAAACUCACUCUGUCUCUCGGGAACUUAUCAGCAAAUAAUCGAACUAAAGAAUGAAUGGGAACGCAUCUUAACUUAGGUCAGCCUUUGAAUAAAGGUAAAAAUCAGUUGACUUGACAGCUUAAAAGCAAAUUCGUUGUUCAGCAACAUGUCAAAGUGUAAACAGUACAGUACAACAAAAGAAAACUAACUCAUUUCCACACGUGUAACUCCUUCAUCGCACAUUGGCUCAACAGGUGCUCUUCUUGCUUUAGAGGUCUAUUGUGCAGGAAUUGCAAGUGAAGGUCAGUUAAUUUUUCUCUCAUAAUCACUUGUUUGUUUCAUUUUUUUUUUUUUUUUUUCGUUAUUUCAAAAUAAAUUUUGAGUCAGCUUUGAAAAAACUUAGAGUUAAAGGAAGUUAACUUCGAGAUAUUGAGAAUAAUUAGCAUAGAAUCAAAGACAAAGGGGUCGGGAUUUGAUAAAAACUUCAAGUUAUCGCGAAUUGACUGUAUAUCCAACUAACAUUAAAAUACAAUGUUGUACCAACAAUUUCAUCUAAAAGUGAUAAUCUCUUUUGAAAAAAUAAUCAUAGUUUAGCAGAUGUUUUUUGGACACGAAAAAGUAGUUGAAAAUCUGAUCACUUGAAAAUCACUUGAGUAAAAUCAAAACACUUCAUAUGUCUUUUUCGUCAGACUAGAAUCAUUCUGAAUAGAACUUUGUACUUACAUCACAUACUAUAUUUUUCACAGAGAAAGCAUUUUAAACUGUAACCAUUUUCUGAAUAAUUAUGAAUUCUUGGGAGGAAAAGUCUGGGAAAUGAUAAAAUUAAUGAAAACAAAAGCAAUCUUUUAAACCAUGUAGGGCAUAAUUGAAACUAAGUCGAUAGUAUGCGCUGUUGUUGAAUGCAUAAAGCAAUGCCAUUUAAAUACAGUCAUUGUUUGAAACCGUAUCCAUUACGGGAAACGUUCUCUCACAAGAUGGGGGCCAGACUAAAAUUUCUUUGAAUAACUGUGACCAUGUGUGAAAUGGGAUCCUAAGAGGACAACAAACAUGGCACAUGUGUGAGGAUAUAAUAAGCAGGGCUUGAAAAUUAUAUUGCCCAACAUACCCGGGGCAUGUAAAAAAUCCGACCGGGCAUGAAUUUUUUAUCCUUACAUACCCAGCUGGGCAUGUAAUUAUUACAAUUUUUAAAUUAAGUAUUUUUAAUUUUAAUGACUUAUUAUGUACUAUUUAUUUAAACUUUUUUUAUGUUGUAUAUUGAAAUAAUUCUUGAUUCAGAUAUAAAGCUGUGAAAUUAAUUUUUUGUGUGAUUAAUGCUAGACAACAAACUCGAAUAUUUUUAUUAUUAUACAAUUAAAAAAGACCUGGGCAUGUAAAAGUUUACUCGGGCAUGUACCUUUUAGACAAAUAUGUGCGGUAGGACAUGUAAAGUUUUUAAGAUUUUUCUAGUCCUGAUAAUAAGUAGCUGAAAACUUUUGUACAUAGAUCUAAUCUGCAGAGUAGUGUGGUUCAAAAAAACUUUUUUUCAGCUAGAGUCGAGGGGACACCCCCUAUUUUUUUUUUAUACUUACUUAUAGUACUAUGCUGUAAAAGUUUUAGCUUCUUACUCAAAUUUUAAAAGGGUGCUCAGUGACCCUUUAAUUUAACAUUAGCCGCAGCAUAGAAAAUGUCACAAAUUUCGAAACAUUAAAUUUCUCCAGCUAUUCUUUCAUAAUUAUUUUAUUGCAAUGUAUAUCAAUAUUACUAGUGUAUAUUAUAAUAUGCAGCAUUG